AGCAACAUACGCCACAGUCUGUUUUAGCAGACUACAGACUGUAUAAUAUAGGCGCAGACAUAGAGUAUAUUGCUGCUUUCAAGGGAUCUAAUACAUAUCUGGCCGACAAGGAAAUAUAAUCACAGUUUUGUUGACAUGAUGGUCUUACAUCUAAAACGCAGGACGUGGUUACCUCUGAGAUGAUGGAGGACAUGAACAGAGUUUGUCAUGUGAUGGAGGAGAGUGAGGUGGAUGUGCAGAUCAGACAAACCAAAGCUCAGCCACAGCAGGCCAGCAACAAUAACAGACCCACCUGGUCAAAUGGUCAGUGUGUAGUGGCGAUGCCAAACUGUUCGAUGCUAAACCCGAGCUUUGAUCUGUCUCUGUGUCGUGCCAAACUCGAGAAUGAUGGCUUUCAGAUUCCAGUCAGAGACAUGGAGGCUCCACUGAAGACAGCUUUGGACCUUCCCUCAGUUAGGAGAUACAUGGUUUUUAACUCGGCUCUCUUCCAUUUUAUAAUGGCACCGGUGAUGUAUGUGGUGGUGUGGUGUGCCACGUUCUCCACCCUCCACCUCUUUAUCACUGUCAGUGACUACUGGGUUCUCUGCCUCUCUGUCAGCCUGGUCUCCAUCUUCCUCACCACUGUCAUCAUUUUCAUUCUCCACUACAGUAACAAGGAGAUCAACAUGAACGUAGACGUUCGGUUAAUCCAGGUGAAUGAGAGGAUGGUGAAACACAAGCUGCUGGUGGCCGUGGCCGACUGGGUGCAGUCCUGCACUGGAAACAUGAAGCUGUACUUUGUGUAUUGGGACAUGUCCCACUGUCUGAGGGCACUGACUGAAACUUUAGAGGAGUGCAGCUUUGUGGUGAAUGACACCCAGAAAAAGCUGGAGAGGAAAAUGGCGCAUCUCGUUCUUGUGACCAAGGACACGGCUGUUGUCCCUGAGGACGAAGGGUCAGAUGUGGAGCAGCAGGACUCAAAUGAACAGAGGCCUCUGCUGAGACACGAGGACACCGGCUGCUGUACCUCAUCCAGCCAACAGGAGGGCACCAAAGUCACCACCAACUACAGCCUCAUCCCUGAUGCAUCGUUACCUGCUCAGGCUACAGCCUACCAGCUUCUGAUGACCUACAGUGCAGCUUAUGUGAAGCUGCUGGUGUCUAAGAGGCUGUCAGGACCGUCACACCACCGCCUACACCCCCAGAGGAAUCACUGCACCACCGCCCCUCUCUGCCUCUGCCAGUACAUCAAAAAGAAGAUCCUUCAAUAACAGAACCAGUGUCAAGACUUUUGCUUUGAACCCAUGCUCUUGAACAGACAAACUGACAUGUAGGAGCACUUCCAUUGCAGCAAACAUGGAUUAUAUUGUUUAGGUCAAAUGAAGGAACCUUUUCAGAGCUUCACACUUUUGAUUUCUCUGUUUUUAAGUCUCCAGUUUGCAGCCUCCUGUACCUCAGCUGCUGUCUUCAUGCCUGUUCUGUAUUUGCACAACCUGGAUCCUCGUCCAUUUGCUCCCAACAAUUUCUGCACCAUGCCAAACGCUGUCUGAUCCAGCUGCUGUAAACCAAUAUUUGCACUCUUGCCCACAUGACAAUCACAGCCUUAGCCUUACUGUUUAAAUUAUUUGCACAAAUAAUAAAUAUAGAUUAUUGUGA